CAACCAGGAAAUGGUCAGCGGUGGGUGGAGAGCACACAAAAACCCUAUUGUCUGGAGGCUGUCCCACAAGGCUUUCCGUAGCAGCUGCACCCUUUUUGGAAUUCCGGGGCUAUGAGGCAGAGCAACGAGGAAGAGGAGGGAGGCAGAGACCGCACCUAUCCUGUUUGAAAAGCACCUUUCUCAGCUCCCUCCCCCUGGCAGAACAAGGUAUUGGGGAGAGAGAGCGAGGGAACAUGUCAGCCAAGACAUCAGGACUCCGCAGAGCUGGGAAUGGCAGGAUGAGGCGAUGACAGCCGAGGGACGCCACGUAAGUGAAAUGAAAGUGUGUGGGAACUGAAGGCUACUAGAGGAACGGACGUAUCUGCCUCGUCUCCGAGACGGAGGAUCGGAAGGAGAGCGAACAAAAGAGGGAAAACCCGUUUUCACAAAAGUAGAUGGAACGGAAGAGAGAAGGAUAACGUGGAGACGGACGAUACGGAGAAAAGUGAAAGAAGGCGCAGGAAAGGAUGAUUUAAAAGUGGACGCCGGGAGGAGAGGUCACGAGACCCCAGACGCCUGGAAGGAAGUAUUGCAUCUAUCCCCGCAGCGUGGGGUAACACAAGGAAAGAUGUUCCUCCAUCGUUCUAUGAAGUGGCCAUCUCCACCAGCCUUCUUUUCCAAGCUCUUUGGUUCCUCGCCAAGUACGCCAUCACAUUCAGAAUGCUCUCCCCAAAAACCUAAACGCUGGAAUUUACCUGUGAUCCCAUUUCCAAGUAUACACACUCUGCGCUUGUUACUUCCCUCCCGAAAAAGAGAUGACAACCCCAAAUCUUCUUAUGCUAGCAUUGACAUUGAACACUUUCAAAUCUGCAUCAACUUGGUCCAUCACAUCAUAGACCUCUGUGCUUCCGGAUGUCUGUGGCUCUUUUCUCCUGUGUUUCGGAUAACGUUGGAUGUCUUUGGCCUUCAAGGGGCCCUAAAGCUGUGGAUUCAUGGACUUGCUAUUUUCUUGGCCACAACGUACGGCAUGUAUCUCCUUCUGUGGCUUGCCCAGGAAUAUAUUGUCCAGUUGGCCUCCUUUUAUGGUAUUUUACAGACGUUGGUGCUGAUUGUUAGCCUGAGGGCUGAGCGAGAAGAGGAGAAGGGGGAAGAAGAAGCCAUUGUAAAUGAGGAGGCGGAGAAAGAGGAGGAUGAGGUUGAAGGUGAGAUGGAACAUGGUGAGGAUAGGUGGGCUGGUGGAAGUGAGGAUGAAGGGGACUCCCAUGAUGAGUGGGAAAGUGAGGGAGAAGAAGAAGAAGUAGGGAAUGCCUGAAUAGACUUGAAGAGAGCUCAGCUCACCCCCCAUUUGAAUACGGCAACAUGAAAGCCUAUAUGUUGUUUUGAGAGAUACCAGUUUGGCAUCCAGUUUUUGGAACACAGUCCAAGGAAAAGAAAACAUGAGAGAUGGAACCAAUGAAAUCAUGUUCGUAUAACAGUGACACACCACAAUAUGAAGGGACUGUGGACUACGAGAAUACAUUUUAAUAAUAGGGCUUACUUAUGUACAACAAUAUGUAUGUGAGGUAUAUAGGGGAUCCAUCCUAACUAGAGGGGCUCUAUGUUUAGGAGAUAUCACACUGGUAGGCAAUAAUUUAUAUUAUUAUUGAUAUGUUAUAUACAGUAUGUACUUUUAUAUUUUUACCUUAUGGAGUGAGAUUGAAUCAGUUGAGCCAAAAUGAGCGAUUUUUGUAGCACUCCUGUACGGACCAUAAUGCACUUCAAAUCAAAGAGAAAGAAACGAACUAUGCCAUGAGGGAUGGGACCAUUUAGCACCAGCAAACUUGAUGCUAAGGUUUUGGAAGUAUUUAUAGAUAGCGAAGAUACGUGCCGCUGCAAAUGUAGGCAGGAGCAUGGAUCAGCGAUGGUGCAGGGAAUCCAGAACCACUUCAGGGAUCAAAGUUUUUAUUCUGAGCCAGAACUAUGUCACAACCAGGGUUGUAUGUAUUGUUCACAGUGCCCCAAGUGUUGCUGGCAAAUACGCCCUAAAUUGGCAAAUGCGCACCGCACAAGCUUGUACCCCACUAUCUAGCGCCAGCUCCUCAGUUUGUUUGUUUUUACAUGGAAAAAUGGGCAACUGGGAAAGACCAAGAGGCAUAAAAUACUGAAGGAAAAGGAAUAGGAUCAGGUCAAUAUAAACGCACUGCUGAAUUGCCCUGUGUCACGUGCCAAGUUUGUGUCUUUGUUAUAUGUGGCCCUGGUCAGGACUGAUCAUAUCCUGAUUCUCCGGGUCAAAUCCGAGCAGAGAAAACAGAAUAGGGAUGCCUGUCAACCAAUGGGGAAAUCGUUAGCGGCCCAUUGUGUUAGGUCUGCGUAUGCGCAGCAUCUAGCCAUCGAUAUCUUCCCGUCGAUGGUAUAAAAUCAUCGACCAAUGAUGGCCAUCACUAGUACAGAACGGGAUCUGUAAGAACAUUUCUAGAGAACUGAAAAAUGGAGAUGUGCAGUAAUAGUUAAAACGGUACUUUCACACUGACAAGUCACAUAUUUAUUAAGUUCAAGCUUCUGAACGUUUUGAUGCGGAGUUGGAAGUUAAUUGGGCAUUCAGAGAACAAAUACGUAUAUUCACCAAAACGCAGAGCUGUACGCAUCUCGAGAUGUGUUCAGUGCGGGCCUGCAGCUACCCUAUACUAGGAGCAAACGGUACGCCACCAAAGAGGCAUAUUUCUCUUACACCCAGCUCUGCGUAGUCCGCAUUUGUGUGAAUGUCCCCUUUACUGAACAUGACAACAUAAGAAAGCCCCAUUAUAACUCUGAGCAGUGCAAAUUUGUGCAAGAUAACGCUCUGCAAGCUGGGGUACGGCCAACUCUGUGUCAGCCCAAUAAUGUUUUUGCUCUGCUCUCCUGGCUGGCCAGACAUGGGACAGAUUGAAAGCACGCUGUGUGCGUGUGCCAAUUCCUUCCUCUGCCCCUCUCCCAUCAGCUCCCUGCUCCAAGAUAGCACUGCUCACUGGUUCCCAGUACUGGAGCAGGGACCCUGGUGGCGGCUGUAAUUAAAUCACUAUCUGGAUUAACCCUCCGUUAGGCACACCUCAGGCGCCUGUUAGAAAAUCAUCAUUAGCACCUAAUUAACUCAAUUCUCACGCUCUUUAAGUGAUCAGUGAUCUUCAUUAGUACGUACAAAGAGAGAAAUCGUAGGUUUUACGUGCCAUUUCAGCAGAAAAUCUGAGGCAAAAAAAAGAAAACAUGAGUAUAGGUUUGGGCGCAGUGUGCCUGAGAGGUCACCCUAGACAAACCUACAUAUUUCCGCAAAAUAUCCAAAACCUUUGUAAUUUUCAUUCAUAAAAUGAGCAAAAUAAACAAUAGAUGAAAAUAAAAGGAAUAACUAACCUUCAAAAGUCGUCGGAGUUUGGGUGCAGUGUGCCUGAGAGGCCAGGAGGGUCACUACUGCACUCCACGCAGGCGGCGGGAAAACUGACUAGGGGGGUUUCGAACAGCACCUAGAGAUAGGAAGAAACUUGGAGAGGGGAGCGAGAACAGCUUUGUGGCGCCUGUCAUGCCAGCUGUGCCUGACUGAGGGUUAAUUAGCAUGCUAGACAUGCUAUUUUUCUCAUGUAUGGAGUCUCUCUGAGGAUAUAUGGUUUUUUUUACCUAUCUGAAUAGCCUGUAUUUAUUGAAUGAGGCCUUGCCACAUAGGUAGCAGCACCUGGUCACAUACAAGCCAUUCAUUCGAAGCACCUAGCAGAUGCAUUGGUUCCAAGGUGGCCCCUCACGUGGGUCACCAGAUUGGACUCGCAGGGCAAUAUGGGGCUUGGGUUGAGGCGCUGGAGCACACACUCCUGUUGCUUUGUUCACCAAGAUAACCACUUGCAGGAUAGCAGCGGCCAUUUUCUGACAGGAUUUUCCCACGUCAUGGAUGGUGGUAUCUCACAGUGAAUUCAUACAGGCCUCAAAUGGACAUUUUCACCCUCCUACUUUUGUAUGACACUGGGAAAGUGACUGUACACCAACCCACCGCUAAAUCCUUGCACCCGUAUUCUGAUAUAAUAUAAGCUAAAAGCCUAGGUACAUAAUUUACGUUUGAGUGACUGUUUCCAGACUACCUCUCUUCCUUUGGUGACACUAAGGGGCUGAUUCACACAUCGCUAUUGGACGCUAUUCACACAUCGGGGAUGUGCGUAACCAUUGAAUUAACGUACACCAGUCAGGCCCCACAUCCACUCGCGUAGCCAAGAAAGCAAUAGCAACAGUUUCCUUCCAUUUUCCGACAUGUAAUGGUAAAUGUAAGAUGUCUGUAAUGUUUUAUGUUUGCUUUCAUUUUAAAUGUAAAUUGUGUGUUUUGCCAUUUUAUGCUAUGUUAUUUAACUAGACAUUAAAAGAUAAGAAAGUGACAUUUCUAAUGAUGGGAAUAUUGGUUUGGAAAGACUAGCACUGUUGUAGAGAGUAUAGAAUGUAAUGCUGGUACUGGGCAGAUGGGUGGAGUCAAACAUUGGAGAGAGAUAAAGUACUUUAACCAAUCCGCUAAUAGUCAUUUGGUAUCCGGUCAUUAGGUCGACCACUAUUGGUCGACAUGUUCUAGGUCGACAUGAGUUUUUAACAAUAUUUUUAAUUUUUUUUAACUUUUUCAUAAUUUACGAUCCACGUGGACUACAAUUGGGAACGGUAACCUUGCCUGAAGCAUGGCGAGCUAAACGAGCCAUGUGCGGGGACACGGUGUACUAAUUGGGGUUCCCGGUCACACUACGAAGAAAACGACACCAAAAAAACAAAACAAAAAAAACUCAUGUUGACCGUGCUCAUGUCAACCUAAUUGCUUCUGUCAACCUAUUUUAGGUGUCGACUUAGUUACUGUCGACCCAGACACUAUCGACCUACGUGUGGUCGACCCUAUGAACCACACCCGAGUCAUUUUACAGGCUAGAAAAAUGACAGAAGGCGAUUGGCUGGUACUUUAUCUCUCUCCAAGCUUUGAUACAUCUCCCCCCGAGUAUGGAAUUGGUAACCGGGUGGUCGGAUGGUAGCUUACAAACAGCAGUAGAGCUACUGUACAUGUGCUUUGUGCAUAACAAGAUGGCUGCCCACAGAUAACAUAACAAGAUGGCUGCCCACAUUCCGCUUUUGGGAACUCUGUGUAAAAUGUUUUGCUUGACUUUGUGCUAGAGUUCAGGCCCAGAUGGAAAUGGAAAAACUUUGCCUCAGAGCUCGGCCAGCUUUGAAUUCAUUAUCAUUUUCAUUUUUCCUUAUUUUUUAUCUCCUAAAAUUCAUCUCGUACAAGCUACUGUGUGUGUGUGUGUGUAUGUUUAUUUAUUAAAUCAGGAGAGUGAGGUGA